AUGGAGCAUCAAAGGAAUGUUACAGAAUUUAUUCUUUUGGGGCUCUCAUCAAUUCCAGAGGUACAAACAAUAUUGUUCCUUAUGUUCUUUAUUAUAUAUGUCAUCACCAUCGGUGGAAACCUGCUCAUUGUGGUCACCAUUGUCAGUAGCCAGGCACUAACCUUACCUGUGUAUUUUUUCCUCGCUUCUCUCUCUUUUAUUGAUACUUGCUAUUCCACCUCAGUGGUCCCAAAGCUCAUUGCAGAUUGUUUGUAUGAGAAGAAAAUCAUCUCUUUCAAUGGGUGUAUGACUCAGCUAUUUGCAGAACAUUUCUUCGGUGGUGCUGAGAUCAUCCUGCUCACAGUGAUGGCCUAUGACCGCUACGUAGCCAUCUGUAAGCCCUUGUACUAUGUGACUACCAUGAAUCAACAUCUAUGUGGUCUUCUGGUGUUUCUGGCAUGGGGAGGUGGCUUUCUACAUGCCAUGAUUCAAAUUCUCCUCAUCUUUCAGUUACCCUUAUGUGGUCCCAACUUAAUGGAUCACUUUGUUUGUGACUUUUACCCAUUGCUGGAGCUUGCCUGUACUGACACCUAUGUUACUGGUAUCUUGGUGAUGGUCAACAGUGGGGUAAUCUGCCUUGUGAACUUUGUCAUGCUAACUGCCUCAUAUGUCAUCAUCUUGCAUUCUCUGAGGUUCCACAGCGUGGAAGGGAGAAGUAAAGCCCUCUCCACCUGCAGUUCCCAUUUCACUGUAGUUGUGUUGUUCUUUGUACCCUGCAUAUUCACAUAUGUGAGACCGUUGCAUACUCUGCCUGUUGAUAAAACUGUGGCCAUAUUCUAUGGUAUUCUCACUCCUAUGCUGAACCCCCUGAUCUAUACCCUAAGAAACUCAGAGGUAAAAAAUGCCAUAAGAAAAUUGUGGGCAUAA